CAUAUCUGCCCCUACCUUUUGUCAUGGCCGUUUUGGCAGCUCCGUUGCCAUCAUUGGCUCCGGGUGACAAGGUUGACAUUUUGUACAGACCUCACACUGGGCCACCAGCUUGGCAAUCUGAGUACAAGCCACCACACCAACUGUUGAGCCCUCAGUCUGCAUUUGGUUAUGCCCAUGUGUCCCUCAUGCACUCUGUCUAGCAUUUCUGGUUGUAGAGUCUCUGGGAUAACUCUCUGUUGUCCUUUCAUGAGAAGGUCUCCAUUACAGUGGAAGUCACUUUGGUGCACCCAAUAGGGCUUCAGCAGCAGAGGCAGUUCCAUCCCUUUUUGCACUGCUGCACUAUCUGUCGGCAGAUGGGGUCUCGUUGUUGCUCUUCUGCAAUCUGCUGCAGUUUGGUCUGAGAUGCAGGUAAGCUGUCCCUUACUGCAUUAAUGGACACCUGUACCUCACCCUCUAGACAUUGCUCCUCCUCUGAUAAUGGACAUUUAAUUGGGGCCCCGGAGAGUGCAUCUGCUGUGAUCAGUGCCUUCCCUGGCAUAUACAUCUUGUAGGUGAACCUCAGUAAUCUGAGGUGGAAGCGCAGAACUCUGGGAGGCAAGUCGCACAGUGCUUUUGUCCUUAACAGAGCCAACAAUGGUUUGUGGUCAGUCUCUGCUGUAAACUGCAGGCCAAUAAGGUAUUGGCUGAGCCUUUCACAUGCCCAUGUGAUAGCCAACGCCUCCUUCUCCACUUGUGCAUAGCUUUGCUCUGUGUCGGAUAAGCUUUGGGAGAUGUAUGCUAUUGGACGCCACUCCAUGUUGUCCUGCAUCUGUAUGAGGACCGCCCCUAGCCCAAAGGAUGAUGCAUCUGCUGAUACCUUUGUCUUAGCCUGGGGACGAUACUGGGCCAGCACUCUCUGAUCCUUAUGUCCCCAGUGGCUUUCGUAACCACUACCAUCCCUGCACACCAGUCAGUGGGACUCUCUAUUUUAGACACUGCCCCAAUUUCUUCCAUCCUCCCCAACUCUUCCUUUACUCUGGCCAAUAAAGGGAGGGGGUAGUAAGGGCAUAGGGAACAGCAUCCUCUUUCAGGUGGAUUUUGUAGUCACCUUCUAUCCUUCCUAGACCAGAAAACACUUUGGGGAAUUUAUUUUUGAAAACCUCACCUGGGUCCUCCAGUUCGCUCACUCUCUCAAUGAGUUGCAAUGCUUCAAUUGUUGGCAGCCCCAGCAACGGUCUGGCCAGAGUCAAUGACGAAGACAGGCUGCAUGGCACUUUUGUCUUUACUCUCCAGUUUAAUCACCAACUGCCCUGCCACUGGUAAUAUCUUAUUAUUGGGCCCAUACAGUUUUUUGUUUGCAGAGAGCAAAGGGCCAUCUCUACUAUAUCUAUACAGCCUAGUUGGGAUAGCUGUCACUGCUGCCCCAGUGUCUAGUUUAAAUGACACAACCUCCCCAUUGAGUGUAAUGUCUGAAUACAAGCCAGCAUUGUUUUCCCUUACUUCUCCCAGAAUGCUGCUGUCCUGCUGUAUCUCCUCUGAGACCUCAUUUAUUUGCUUUAAUCGACAGACAGCUGAAAAGUGUCCUCUCCUGUGACAUUUCCUGCAUUCCGCAUCCUUUGCUGGGCAAUCUUUCCAUCUGUGGAAAGGGGAUUUCCCACAUUUGUGACAAACACUUGAACUAGCUACUGGUGCUGUCUGUGAUUGUUUUCUCCAUGUCUGUCUCUGUUCUGUGUUGCCCUCUGUUUUUUUUUUAGUUCAGUACGAAAAUGUAUUUAUUUCCUCACACUCUUCGCUCUGCAAAGAGCUGCUGUCUUUUUACAGUCUCACUCUGCCUAACCUGGUUUACAGCUUUAGACAAGGUAAGCUGGGAAUCCAAUUGUAACUUUUCCGAAAGUUAUAUAUAUUUCUUAUUCCCACUACAAUCUGAUCUCGGAUCAGACUGACAAUGUUCUGCUAGUUUGUGAACAGCUGUGAUAAAACUGUCGGUGGUUUCACUGUGCUCCCGUUUGCGCAUAUUAAACCUAGCUCUCUCAAAUAUAAUGUUGUUUCUCCCUACAAAAAGUAUUUUAAAACGGUCUUUAACGGCACUAUAGUUAAGUUUCUCUUCCUCAGUCAACAUUAAAGCAUUUAAUAUAUCCUCGGCUUCAUCACCCAUAGAGUAGAUCAGUGUAUUAACUUGAAAUGCCUAAUUUUUCACGUUUAAGCCUGAUGCUACCCUGUACCUUUCAAAGCGCCUGAUCCAUUUCGGUCCGUUUUGAAUGUCCAUACAAUCAAAAUUCUCCAGGGGGACCAGAGCCCGUUGAACUUGGAGUCGCAAACCCUGAAAUCCCGGCAGUUUCUUCCUCUUGCAACAUGUUGCUUAGCAGUAACUUAGUCCUUGCUCGUUAGCUAGCAAAAUAAUGAUAUGCUCCGUUUUAUCUCGUACCUGCUUCGAAACAGCCUGAAUGUAUGAUUUACUUGGUACGUCCUUCAAGUUUAUGUAAUUAUUAAAACCACUUCUGACACCAUGUAGUAUUAUCUAAAAUAAGGAUGCACGACAACAAGGUUUUAGCUCCAGCAUGUUUACUAACCUAACCCUCGCAUGUCAUACAUAGGUACAGAUACCCCAAGGGACAUCAUACUACACCCAGAGCACACCCGGAAUCUUAAAAUGUUUAGCCAGUCAUUUGUUAUGCUAACAAGCUAGCAAAAGCAUCAACUUCUGUUAGACAGGCGAAGCUCUAGUACGCUCAACUGAAAUGAUACCGUUCGUUUACAGUAUACUAAAAUGAACUAAUAAUAUGUAGUAUGUUAGGAUGGGUAUUCGAACACAGCCAUUGUUUUGUGUAGUUUAGGGUUGGGACGUCCCAAUGAUCACGGAUAGCAUAUAGCGUCCCAAUGAUCACGGAUAGACUCCUUUUCACCUUUUUUGUAUUUCACCUUUAUCGUGGACCUUCACCGCAUAAUUAAAUCAGGAUCCCAACUUAACUGCUAGUGGCUAAUCAAAAAAUUGACACCAACUACUACAAAUGAAAUAGAACCCCAAUGAUAAGUAACCAAUCAAAUUUGUGUUGCGGGUACUCUCGAGGGGGGUGUGAACUCUAUUGGUUAGUGCUAUCCGGGAUUGAACCCCAUUGGUGUGAACAUGCUCUUGAUCCCUUUGUCACCACAUCCACAAAGUCAAAACGGUCUAUAUCUUAAAAAUGUAUGAAACAAAAAUGAGCUUUUUGGUCUUAAUUUAGAAUGAAACAUAAGGUUAAGUGGUGGUUAAGGUUAGGUUUUAAAUCUGAUUUUAAGAAGAUAAAUUGUAGUAAUAGGCGGGUUUUAGCCAUGAUUAUGACUUUGUGGCUGUGGUAACUAGGGACAAAUAUCAUGACUGACUUCCAUGUGUAAGAAAAACGUGAUGCUGGUUAUUGCACGGGGUUGAAAGUACGAUAAAAUUGGUGAGCUAGCUAAUAAUUGAACCGAAUGGACGACUAUUACAAACAAUAGUGUUUUCAUAAACUGUACAAGUGCCUGCUGUCACUCAAAUACCAUCGGUUCAAUGGUGGUACGUUAGUUGGUGCUUGUCUCGUGCUCUUGAAUUCCUUAGCUUAGCUAACAAGCUAAUGUCAAAUACAGUUUGAGACCUGGUUUGAUACUUUGUCAUCUCUUAGGCCUUUAAGCUAACAAUAUAACCACCUAACGUUAGAGUAAUCUGCAUAUUUGGCAGUGUUUGCUUCCUAUGUUAUAUAAAUGAUUCGUAGUUAAUGUCCCAUCAAUACUGACAGCGUUACAAUUGACAUUGUUGGUAACAAAUACACCACAGAUAUCGCGCGUGAUAGGAAAGUGAACUAAUAAGCGUGCACUUGCUUUAAUUAGCUGUCACUUCUAGUGGUCGAACUUACUCUUGCACAAUCAGCAGAAUGUUUCAGUCUACACCACGGCAGCUUAUACAUUUAUGUGAAAUCGGUGUAUGUGCUGUUAGGGUUCAAAGCAGUAAUACAGUGAGACAGGGGAUUGGCAAGAGCAAUGGCAAAUCCGAAACCACGACAUGGAUUAGAAGACGCAUGGGCCUGUUGUUAUCAUGGCUCCAGAGAUCGGGGUUGGGCACCAGUAAAAAAGUGGCGUCUGACAAUAAGAAGCAAGACUUGCUAUCAAUUUUUGCCAACCAUUGUAGCUUUGUGACAGGCCAGAGGCUUCGACGCGCCUAUCAGAUUGGAGAGCUUUACGCAAACCUGUACUCAGAGCGAACUAGGUGGACCCUGGUAGGAAGCAUAUGGCGUCGACUCCAGAGCAAGCACGCUUCCACGGGGAAGCUUGUGGCUGCACUGGCGGGUGUCUUCCUGUGGGAGGACGAGAAGGUCCGAGAUGAAGAACUACACAGGUGUGGACUAGAGCUCCAAGCUUUGGAGUCAGUGAAUAAUCUGAGUGCAUCCUCAGAGAAGGCUGAAGGGCAGGUGGAGACAGGCUGGGAACUUGUCAUGGAGAAGAAUAAUUUCAAAGUGUGGAGGCGGCCAAUUGAGGGAAGCCACUUAUGUGAAUACAGAGUUUGGGGUUCUUAUAACGACGUCACCCCCCGACAGUUCUUCAAUGUCCAGUUGGACAUGGAGUACAGGAAGACAUGGGAUGCUCUGGUUCUCAAGCUGGAGGUGGUGGACCGGGACGUCAAUACAGGCUCAGAGGUUGUGCACUGGGCCACACGUUUCCCUUAUCCCAUGUACUCGAGGGACUAUGUUUAUGUGCGUCGCUACAAUGUUGAUGUGGAGAAUAAUCUGAUGGUCCUGAUCUCCAGAGCAGUUCAGCAUCCUGGAGUCCCAGAAACUCAGGACUAUGUCAGAGUCCACUCAUACCAGUCCAAGAUGGUCAUUCGCCCUCACAAGUCCUUUGAUGAGAAUGGCUUUAACUACCUUCUGACCUACAGCGACGACCCUCAGACCGCCUUUCCCCGCUACUGUGUGAGCUGGAUGGUGUCCAGUGGUAUGCCUGACUUUCUGGAGAAACUGCAUACUGCAGCCCUGAAGGCUAAGAACCUGGAGGUAGGGAUCUAUGAUUAUGCCAGCGCCGUGAAGUCCAACGACACCAAGCACCAGCCCAGUCAGGACCGGCUAGGGGACAACACGCACCCUGGGCAGAUCUACGCCUAAGGGACUUUUUUUUUUUUUUUAGCAGGGUUGGGGAGAGUAACCUGCAUCUGCUCGCAUACAACAACCUUCAAAACACAGGCUUUUGGACACAAGGGGUGAUGGGAUAUCAAAUGAAGCUGGAAUAUACAUACAUUGAAGAUAUGCCGUACUUGUGCUAUGCUGUUGCUAUUUGAGUGGUUAUAAUGGUCAUAGCCAUAUUGAUAACAUAAUUGUCAUGAGAAGCUUAAACAGUACCAACAAGAGCCUUUGAACCCUUUGGAGGAAAGACUUCUCUUUUUCUGCCAGGAGAAUUGCCAUUGGAGCUUUCUGCCUUGAAACAAUAGUGCUAGAAAGCCAACAUCCUGAGGGGAGAGGUGUCCAUCAUGCCUCCUUUUGUUAACUAGCUGCUACACCAACUAGCGAGACUGUACCAAAAAUAUUACCCCUAUAGAUAUGUUGCCAAAGCAUUGUUUCUCACUCCAUCCACCACGUCUACUAGUUUCUUCCAGCCACCUUGUUUGUGUUCCUUAUUUGGUCAUAUCCGCACUGUAAUUGCUCGCUGUGGAGGCUUAGCUACAUGCAUGCAUGCAUAGUUUGUUUAUACAACUGAGAAAGGAGAACAUCUAUAAAUAAAACGCUGUGAUACCAGAAACUCAAGGAACAUGCUUUUUAGCUGAAUUCCCUGGCACAUUGACUUCCACAGAUGAGUGGAUUUAAGGGAUCUAGUGGUAUCUUUUUCACGUUAUGGGAUUAGUGAUGUUUUUGUCUGCAGAACUGAGGUGUCUCACUUCUUUGUCUGUCAUGCCUCGUCUGUGUUUUAAACUGCCAGGUCACCUCUAACAGCCUUCUGAAGAUUACCAGUGUCUUCCUGUCCAAGGUGUCUUAUGGCAACUGCAAAAUCCUCUAUGGGGCAAAUGCUCAAACAUUGCAGUUCCCCUCCACUCGUCCAUGUUUUAUGCCCUGAUCCAAAAAAUUCUAUAAAAAAAUAAGCAUGUGUUCCUGUGCCACCUAACUAUCUGCUUUCCAAUGGAAUGGAUAUUUACAUUAUCCAGAGUGACUUACAGGAACAAUGAGAGUUAAAUGACUUGCUCAAGGUCACAUGGACAUAUGUUUUUCACCUAGUCUGCCCUGGGAUUUGAACCAGCUACGUUUUGGUUACUGGUCCUACACUCUUAACUGCUAGGCUACCUGCUGCCCCCAUGACUGUGACUGAAUAACUGUACUUUGUCCUGAGUACAAAGUUCAAAGUAAUGGAACAGGCAUUAUUAAGACAGACUGCUUGAUAGUUUGCACUACAGAGGAAGAUGUUUGUGUUUGCUCAGCUGUUACUGUACUUUCACAGUGAAAGUGGCCUUACUAAUAGUAGUGCUUUUUCUAUUACUGAUGAGCUUUGGAAGGCACGUGUUUAGUAACAUCAUGUGCCCUUUGCAUCCUUGUGUGUGUAUAUGUCUAAUAUAUUUAAUGUUUUUUUCUGAUAUAUUACCUAGUUCCGUCUGGUGGACCAAGGGGCACAUAAUGUGUGCUCUGUGGGAAAGAUUAACACAACAUGUGACUUUUCUAUUUACAGCCUGACAAUCUGGUACAAUUUGAAUUAACACCCGUUUCUGUGUGAUAUUUUUUUUUCUGUGUUGCUGAUAUUGGUUAAAACGGGGGGUUUUCAGUGAAAGUUUCAUGAAUUUAUGGUUCCAGUAUACAGUAUAUGCGUGACGACAGUAUAUGUGUGACUACAGUAUAUGCGUGACUACAGUACAUGGGUGACUGCAGUUCCAUGAAACAGAUUGUUGGUAGUUCACCAUUACUCAGUUAGAAAGUGCAUUAAAAACAGUGGUGGAUAAAUGACCAAAUUGUCAUACUUGAGUAAAAAUACCUUAAUAGAAAAUGACUCGUGAAAGUCACCCAGUAAAAUACUAUUUGAGUAAAA